AUGUAUGGUAAGUUUACUAGAUCUGCGCUCUUCUUCGUCGGUCCGCUGCCCUCUUUCAGCCUAGUUUCCCAUAACAUGGAAACCGGGUCUGAAAGACUGGGAACGUCAUUGAAGUGGUGCCAAGGGCUUCCCUGCAUUGCCAUUCUGGUCACUCUGACAUAUUCCAGUGCAGUCAACAGCCAGACCAAUGCUGGUCAUGCGCCACAGUAUGCCGGGAAUAUUGGGCAAUCGAAGGGCGGGACUGAAUGGAGGCGGCGGGAAAACAAGAGGUGGUGCGUAACGAGGGAGGCGGCGGCGCGGGCAAACAAGAGAGUGUGGCAGGAGGGGCUGCAGGCGAUGAGAAAGGUGGCGCGCAAUAAGAAAGGUGGCGGGAAAACGAGAGAGGUGGCGCGCAAUGAGAGAGGUAGGUGGCGCGCAUGUGAGCAAGGCAAGAAGUGGUACUGCAUGGAGUCGAAGCGGUUGAUGACUCUGUGGGUUGAAUACGACGUGGAUCUUCCAGUAGUCUCGGACCACGCCAGUGUUUACAUACUAACCACUGGGAUCCACCACCUUCAGCUGCUUACACAAUCACACUCCACUCGAUGCUUUGGCAUGUUCGAACGCAAUGGAGAUAACGCCUUGAUCUUGACGUCGUCUGCAGCGAUGUCCGACUCAUUUCGCCGCAGUACAAUGUUUCGAAGACGAGACAUCCAUUUCAAUGAUUGGUCCAUGAUCCAAGGCAACAUUCCGUUCGAAGGGAUGCACAUGAAUCUUCCAGGGGCUUUACUCCACACUGAAGGGGCUUCGAAGAUCUAUCAGGCAAACGAGUACAUGGUCGUUGUUACGCAAAACUCCCCUCCUUAUCGGCAUUGUGAUGGUAUCACCACAAACCUUCUUCUAUUCGUCAAGCCAACCGUGUUCAUGGGCUUGAUGACAUGGAUAUUAAGAACCUCCCCAGUAGGAUAUAAAUUGGUGAAUUUUGAUUGA